UUUUUAAUUACAGGCAAAGAGCAAAACAGGCUUAGAUAAUGUCUCGUUAUCAAUCUGACCCAGAAGAUCUGGGCUACGCAGAGCAGAGCGCUUGCGGCAAAUGCAUGCACUACACAUGGAAAACCAUCACUUGUCUCUUUUCCCACAUCACCCUUGUCUCCAUGGUUGUUUCCUAUUGUGUCCUAGGGGCUAUUACAUUUGAAUCCCUAGAAGUGGAACAUGAAAAAGACGUGAAAAGAAAUAUAAGUAAAUUAAGAACAAACGUAACAGAACACUUAUGGAAAUUGACACAAGACUCACCUUUAUUAAAAGUAGAUAAUUUUACUUUUGAUGCCACAAUAUUCCUAAAGGAAUUUGAGAAUGCUCUUCUUAAAGCAAUGACCAAAGAUGGGUGGGAUGGUGAGGAAGAUGAAAAUAAAGUUCAAUGGACAAGUACUGGUGCUUUAUUUUACUCCAUCAUUGUUAUAACGACAAUUGGUUAUGGUCAUAUAGCUCCUAAGACGACUUGGGGUAAAGUGGUCACCAUUUUCUACGCAAUCCUGGGGAUUCCCCUAAUGCUUUUAUGUUUGUCGAAUAUAGGGGAUAUAAUGGCAACUUCAUUUAGGUUUUUGUAUUGGAGAGUGUGUUGUUACGUUUGCACAAAAAAACCUAAGAAAACUAGAGGUAGAAACAAAUCUUUUAGAGUGACAGAUAGAAUGUCAAGAUCUAGAAACGCUUCAUUUCGUAGAUCGGUUAGAACAUCUACUAAAUCGGCAGACAGUGGGUAUGAAUAUUCCAUAUCUCGAUCGGAAUCAGAUUUAAGAUACAUAGAUGAAAGAACUAACCAUAGAAGAGGACAAAGUCUACCACGAAUGAAAUAUAACAGGUCGUCCCAAAACAGUGAGCAAACUUCCAGAAAAUCUAAUAACUACAACAGAAAUACCCCUCUACAUAACCAAAGAGGAGCAUCAUUGGAUAGAAGAAAAUUCCAAAGACGUAAUGAUGUAGAAAUGGAUUAUCUGGAGUUAGCUAGAACACCAGUGCUAUGCAACAAAUAUGUUUGUGGGAAGAACGAUUUACUAUCAAAUAAUAUAACAGGUAUUACACCUAGAGGAGUAGAAGUACAAGGUAAAACUUUUGCCCAACGCAGAGCAACUUCCAUGCCUAGACCAUACGGGAACUUUUUGGAAAUACCAGAUAGAUACCCUUCCCCCCCUUCAUCUGAUAAGGAUGAAGAUGAUGAUGUAUCAUCUAAGAGUUACCGAAGUGGAAGACCCAAAAAAAGUGGAAGGGCUAGGUCAAAAUCGCCAAUGGCACCAAAAAUGAUGACCCCAUUGGGAUAUGGACAUAAAAACGUAUACCUGGAUGAAUCCUCUGGUGAUGAGUAUUAUGCUUCUGGAACAAAACCAAGGACCAAACCAGUACCCAUUUGGUUGUGCCUCUGCCUUGUUAUAUCUUACAUAAUCGCAGGUGCUUUUCUUUUUGACUACUGGGAAGAAUGGGGUUUUCUAAACUCAGCCUACUUCUGCUUCAUAACGUUGACAACAAUCGGUUUUGGAGAUCUAGUACCAGCUAAAGGGGUAUCUCAGGAAGGUACAUAUGCCACCGUCAGCAUAGCGUUAUGUUCCUUAUAUUUAUUAUUUGGCAUAUCACUACUGGCUAUGAGCUUCAACUUGGUACAAGAGGAGGUGAUAUCGAAUGUUAAAAGUGUAGCCAAAACUCUGGGCAUAAUAAAAACUGACUCUGAUGAUUCAGACGAUGAUGUCUGAUGUAUUGAUGUAUUUAUAUUUGCUGGUUGAAAUAAUAAAUGUAUAAUUUUUACAA